AUGAACAAGGACAGCAAUCAAGUGACUGAAAAGAUUUUGAAUCUAACUCUAGAGAUCAUCUAUCUGCUGACUGGAGAGGUGAGGGAUUCUGGGUAAUGUCACCAUGGAGAUCAUCUACCUGCUGGCUGGAGAGGUGAGGGAUUCUGGGUAAUGUCAUUAUGGAGAUCAUCUACCUGCUGACUGGAGAGGUGAGGGAUUCUGGGUAAUGUCAGUAUGGAGAUCAUCUACCUGCUGACUGGAGAGGUGAGGGAUUCUGGGUAAUGUCAUUAUGGAGAUCAUCUACCUGCUGACUGGAGAGGUGAGGGAUUCUGGGUAAUGUCAGUAUGGAGAUCAUCUACCUGCUGACUGGAGAGGUGAGGGAUUCUGGGUAAUGUCAGUAUGGAGAUCAUCUACCUGCUGACUGGAGAGGUGAGGGAUUCUGGGUAAUGUCAGUAUGGAGAUCAUCUACCUGCUGACUGGAGAGGUGAGGGAUUCUGGGUAAUGUCAUUAUGGAGAUCAUCUACCUGCUGACUGGAGAGGUGAGGGAUUCUGGGUAAUGUCAGUAUGGAGAUCAUCUACCUGCUGGCUGGAGAGGUGAGGGAUUCUGGGUAAUGUCAUUAUGGAGAUCAUCUACCUGCUGACUGGAGAGGUGAGGGAUUCUGGGUAAUGUCAGUAUGGAGAUCAUCUACCUGCUGGCUGGAGAGGUGAGGGAUUCUGGGUAAUGUCACCAUGGAGAUCAUCUACCUGCUGACUGGAGAGGUGAGGGAUUCUGGGUAAUGUCAUUAUGGAGAUCAUCUACCUGGCCUGGAGAGGUGAAGGAUUCUGGGUAAUGUUAGUACGGAGAUCAUCUACCUGCUGACUGGAGAGGUGAGGGAUUCUGGGUAAUGUCAGUAUGGAGAUCAUCUACCUGCUGACUGGAGAGGUGAGGGAUUCUGGGUAAUGUCAGUAUGGAGAUCAUCUACCUGCUGACUGGAGAGGUGAGGGAUUCUGGGUAAUGUCAUUAUGGAGAUCAUCUACCUGCUGACUGGAGAGGUGAGGGAUUCUGGGUAAUGUCAUUAUGGAGAUCAUCUACCUGCUGACUGGAGAGGUGAGGGAUUCUGGGUAAUGUCAGUAUGGAGAUCAUCUACCUGCUGACUGGAGAGGUGAGGGAUUCUGGGUAAUGUAUUAUGGAGAUCAUCUACCUGCUGACUGGAGAGGUGAGGGAUUCUGGGUAAUGUCAUUAUGGAGAUCAUCUACCUGCUGGCUGGAGAAGUGAGGGAUUCUGGGUAAUGUCACCAUGGAGAUCAUCUACCUGCUGGCUGGAGAGGUGAGGGAUUCUGGGUAAUGUCAUUAUGGAGAUCAUCUACCUGCUGGCUGGAGAGGUGAGGGAUUCUGGGUAAUGUCAUUAUGGAGAUCAUCUACCUGCUGGCUGGAGAGGUGAGGGAUUCUGGGUAAUGUCACCAUGGAGAUCAUCUACCUGCUGACUGGAGAAGUGAGGGAUUCUGGGUAAUGUCAGUAUGUAGAUCAUCUACCUGCUGACUGGAGAGGUGAGGGAUUCUGGGUAAUGUCAUUAUGGAGAUCAUCUACCUGCUGACUGGAGAGGUGAGGGAUUCUGGGUAAUAUCAUUAUGGAGAUCAUCUACCUGCUGACUGGAGAGGUGAGGGAUUCUGGGUAAUGUCAUUAUGGAGAUCAUCUACCUGCUGACUGGAGAGGUGAGGGAUUCUGGGUAAUGUCAUUAUGGAGAUCAUCUACCUGCUGACUGGAGAGGUGAGGGAUUCUGGGUAAUGUCACAUUGACUUUCACACUAAGAACACAUUAGAAAAGGGACAUGGUUGCAGAUUCAGCUAUUGAAUACUCAAGAGGACAAGGACAAUAGAGAUCUGAGAACCAUAGAAAAUGAUGUGGGCUCCCUCCUCCAUCUAGAUAAUCUCCAGUACAAUCCAGUGCUUCUCAUAUGGAAGCAUUGGGAACCUACUGGUCAUGACUGGCAAGUGCCAUGCUCAGUCAUUCCGAUUCUUCUCUACGAGAACAGUCCCAGAGCUUAGCAGCAUCAUGCAUUUACGAAUCAGUAAAUGUAAAAAAUAUUAGCACUUUUCUAAAUGUCCUAAAUUGCACCCUCCGAGAAGCUCUAACUUACUUGGCUUUAGUGCUUCUCAAUGAAAAACUAUCGCUUUGCGAUCAGUGGAUGUUUCAUAAUUACCAUGCUGCUCUAAGAGCUGAGUAGAGAUGGAGCAAGAAAAACUUCCUGUUCCUAGGUUAGAAGUAAGUAGCCCUUUAAAAAAAAAUAUAUAUAUAUUUUAUAGGAAUAGGUGGGACCCAAAAUCUAAACUGACUGUAGAAUACUCUGCAUUGAAAAUAAAUGCCCUUGGUCAUAAAUCUGGCAGCUGUGCAUGGAAAACAAUAAGUUGAUGAAUACAUGUUAGGAGAGUGAAAUGCAGAGUUUCAGUAUGUUAAACCAUUUCCACCAGAGGCAGAAAUUAAGCUUGGGAUUCUAGGAAUGGCAGCAGUCUCGGCUGCAAGGAAAGAUGAAAACUUUCCUAAGUAUUUACUGCUUAUAAUAUGAACCGUGGUUACUCCUUCCAGUAAAUGGCCAUUUUCUUUCUUUGCCACACAAUACUUAGGACCAUGUGGUUGUGAAGAAGCAUGGUUUAAGUAUACUACACUGCAGCGGUCCAAGUGUAUCAGAAACAUUCUGCAGGACCCAGAGCCCCAUCAAGGCGCCUCCACCCCCCUUCAUGAGCCAUGAGCAGAAGAUCCUGGAACUGACCAAUCAGAUCAUCCACAUGCUGACUGGAGAGGUGAAACUGCUGGGCAUGGGACAUUAUAUAGUAAAACCAAGCGAUGUGUCUUGAUGCUGACUGUAUUAUUGUGUGUACCAGGUUCCUAUAAGAUGUGAGGAUGUCACAGUCUAUUUCUCCAUGGAGGAGUGGGACUAUAUAGAAGGACACAAGGAUCUCAAGGAUGUGAUAAUGGAUAACCACCAGCCUCACAGCUUACUGGGUAAUGAGAGUUUUGAUCUUCAAAACUGAUCUGGUAAACCUUUUUGUCCCGUAGCAAAUAAAGAAAGAUGUGGCAAUACAUAGAAUUCAUAAUUGGGUAAAUUACAAUGUCAUGUUUAAUAUUUAUCAACAAAUUAAUGACUGCCGGACUAUUGUAAUGAUGGUGACACAAUCGCAAUCCUGCUUCCUUUGGAUUAUCAUGUUGUUAUUUAUAUAAGCGCCAACAAAUUCCGCAGCGCUUUACAGUGGGUGGACAAACAAAUGUAGUUGUAACCAGACAAAUUGGACACACAGUAACAGAGGGGUUGAGGGCACUGCUCAAUGAGCUUACAUGCUAGAGGGAGUGGGGUAAAGUGACACAAAAGGUAAGUCUAGUAUUAGACUGACAGUUGCAAGAGAGGAAUCAGUCGGGAGCUAUUAACAGUUUAAUUGAUACGCUUUUAUGAAGUGUUUUAAAAAAAAAUUUAACACGUGGAGACUGGGUGAGUUCAACAGGAACGGAGCAGCCCUUGAAGUCUUUAAGGUGAGCAUCACAGGUGGGAAUAUGGACAGAAGAUAGACGUAAGUCUUCAGCAGAGAGUAAGGGCCUAGACGGGACAGACUUGUGUGUUAGGAAGGAUAGAUAGGUGGGAGCAGCAUUCUGUAGAGAUUUGAAAGCAAGGACCAUUUUAAAUUGGAAGGAAGUGGGCAGCCAUCCAGUUAGAAAUAGCAGAGAGGCAGUCAGAGACACUAGUCAAGAGGGACAGGUAGAGGUCAGGAGAGGACAGAUUUAUUUGCGUGUCAUCUGCAUAGAAAUUAUAUUGGAAGCCAAAGGAGCUAAUGAGUUUACCAAGGGAGGAAGUAUAGAUGGAGAACAGUAGGGGACCAAGGACUGAACCUUGGGGGACACCAAUAGAGAGGAGGUGGGGAGAAGAAGCAGAGCCAGAGAAAGAAACACUGAAAGAGCGCUCGGAGAGGUAGGAAGAGCACCAGGAGAGGGCGAUAUCUUGUAGAUCAAUAUUGCGGAGGAUGAGAAAAAGCUGUUGAUGAUCAACAGUGUCAAAAGCCAUAGAAAGGUCAAGGAGAAUUAGGAUAGCGUUGUGACCACGAGAUUUUACAGCAAGUAGAUCACUGGAUACUUUGGUCAUUGCGUAAACCAGACUGAAGCAGGUCUAGCAAAGAGUUGGACUUGAGGAAGUCUGUCAGUCUCGCAUACUCAAAUCUUUCAAGGAUCUUGGAUGCAAAAGGCAGUAGCGAGAUUGGACGGGGAGUUAGGGUCAGGGUUGGGUUACAGUUGCAUGUUUGGAGGGUGAGAAUUCUGAUAAUUUUUAAUGCCAAUUUUACCAGUCUAAGAAAUUCACAAAUGAGCCUUGUAUAUGCCUUAACAUCUCUUUCCCCUCAUUAACCUUGCCAUAUCGACCUAUUAAGUUUAACGGGUUACUCCAAGCAAUUAGACUGAUUUUCCUCUCCAGUCGCUCCUCUCACACUGCUGUCAGUAAUUACAUUGGCUUCCUGUAUCCUAUAGGAGUAAAUUCAAAGUACUAAUCCAUACCUAUAAAGCACUGACCAAUUCUAGCCCCUCUUAGAUCUCUUCACUGAUCCAUAGGUAUGCCCCUUCUCGGUCUCUCCUCUCUGCCAUUGACCUUAUCCUGUCCGCUGCUCGCACCAGACUUCUCACGGGUGGCUCCCUUCCUUUAGAAUAGCCUGCCUACCACCAUCACACUCUCCCCUAGUCUUCAAUCUUUUAAGAAGUGCCUUAAAACCCAUCACUUCAGGAAAGCUUAUGACCUCCCAGAGUAACCUCUACCUCACAAACCUGUCCCUUGCUCUCUACUAAUGGGCAGCACUCUAUUCUCUCCUCCUGCCUCACUCCAACUUUGUUUGAUUGCUAUCUCCUGUCCUAUUGCGUUUUAUACCCCACCUCCCUUAGACUGUAAGCUUGUUUGAGCAGGGUCCUCUUCAACCUUCUUUUCCUGUAAGUUUUUGUAAUUGUCUCAUUAACUGUUAAAUCACCCUCUCAGUAUACUGUGAAGCACUACAGAAUUAGUUUGUGCUAUAUAAAUGCCAAUAAUGAUAAUGGAAGCACGGUAUUUGGUUAGAUACUUUUCUAAUACAGGUUUGCCCCCUGCAGAAAGUAGGUAAACAUACCUCCCUUCCAGCGCAUGUUCUGCCUGUAGCCAUAUUUUCAUCCCUGGACAUCACACAACAUUUUUGCAGGGGAUAUAUGUAAGGGUAGGCGGGUUAAGGGGAGGAUAUGGAGGGAAGGUGUACUGCCAUUGACUCUCUCUCCAGUAUCCUGGCGUUAUAUGCCAAAUUUGCUAAUUGCAAUGGGUAGCCAGAGUGAGAAUGUCACAUGGUGUUCUUAGUCUAACAUCAGUGCCCAAGUCAAGACCUCUGCAACAGUGCUUUAGGUGAGAGGAGGGAUAUAGGUGGCUCCUAGGAUAGGCAUCUAGUGCGACAACGUUGGGGUUAAACCACUGAAUACAGUGCACCCCUCUAAAGCAUGGGUAGGCAACCUUCAACACUCCAGAUGUUGUGGACUACAUUUACCUGGACGCUUUGCUAGCAUUAUGGAUGUAAGAUCCUUAUGUGAGAUGUAGUUCACAACAUCUGGAGUGCUAAAAAUUAACUACCCCUGCCCUAAGGUAAGAGGUCAUCCAGGGACUCCAGCCCCAUAAUUCUUUCAAUGAAGUGAAGUUGUUAUGAGGGUAGAGUCACCCUUCAGCAGAUUUACAUUGAAAUCUGUUUUUUCUUUUGUUUGUUUUUUUGGUUUGUUUUUGCUCCAGAAUGGUAAAAUUUUGAUUGUGGUUGCUAUCAUAAUAAUCUUGUCAUUUUUUUUUCCCAGCAGAUAAUUGUAUACUUGAUGACUUCCGAACCCUUACAUGUAUAUUGCCUGUAUCUUUGCCUGAUUUUGAAAACAAAAUCAUUGAUGGAGGGACGUUUCCAAAGUUCAACAAAUCUAGCAAAAGACAUUUGUGUGAAGAAGUAAGUCUCCACAAAAUUUUUACACCCAAAGAAUAUGCAGAGACAGACUAUUCAUCUACUCAUAUUAAGGAUGAACCAGCCUUGUGGGAAAAAAGUAAUAUCACAGAUAUUUAUACACCCAUAGACCAUCCACAGAGAGGACAUCCAUCUGCUUUUAUUAAGGAUGAGCCAACUUCAUGUAAAGGAGAAAAUCUCACAGACAUUUCUACACCCAAAACACAGUUAGAAUAUCCAUCUACUCAUAUUAAGAAAGAACCAGUCUCAUUGGAAGAAGGUUAUCACAAAAAUGGUGACAUUUACAUUUGCCCUGAAACUAUAAAUAGAGAAGAUACAUUUACAUAUAUUGCAGAUUGUAUAAAUUCAAAAAAUAGAACGGAUAACAAGUUCCUAACUGAAUCAAGAAACAUCGAUACAAAUAUUAAUUAUACAUCUGGUAACAUUUCCCAGGUCACAUACAAAACAGAAGAAAUAUUUAUCUCUACUGAGAGCUUCAAAAAUAUUUUAAAAAACACACAGGGUAUCAAGGAGCCAUCAACUGACACAGAAAAUAAAAACUGUUCUGAAACAGGAAUGGACAUUUAUUCUAAGCCGGAGUUUGUUAUUCAUGAGGAAAAUUGUAGAAGAGAGAAGCCAAUUGUGUGUUGUGAAUGUGGGAAGAAUGUAAGCCAGCUGUCAAGUCUUAAACAGAGGAUUCGAGCAGGAGAAAAACCAUUUAAAUGUACUGAAUGUGGAAAAUGUUUUAACCGAAAGCAGGAUCUUAACAGGCAUCUGAAGUUUCACUCAGGAGAGAAACCAUUUUCAUGUACUUAUUGUGGGAAAUACUUUACCCUAAAACAUGAUCUUAUUUCUCAUCAGAGAAUUCACACUGGUGAGAAACCAUUUAAGUGCAAGGAAUGUGGGAAAUGUUUUAGCCGGACUGCAAAUCUUGCUGCACACAGGAGAAUUCACACAGGAGAAAAGCCCUUCAGUUGCACUGACUGUGGGAAAUGUUUUACCUUGGCCUCACAGCUUGCUUCACAUAAACUCAUUCACACAGGAGAAAACCCAUUUAAGUGCACUGACUGUGGGAAAUAUUUCAACUUAAAGUAUGAUCUUUUGAGACAUCAAAGGAUUCACACAGGAGAAAAACCAUUCUCGUGUUCUGAGUGUGGGAAAUGUUUUACCCAGGCUGCACACCUUUCUAGGCAUCGAAAGAUCCAUACAGCAGAAAAAGCUAUUAAAUGA